AUGGCGACCGCAUACUGCGCGAGCGCGACCCGCGAAGUGGUCAAGACAAUCGCAGAGAAAUGCCACGUGCUGGCGAAGAUGCUGGACGCCUCGCGCGUGAAGCUCACGAGUGCGCAGGAGAUUGCGCAAACAUCGGUAUUUGCACAGACACCGCUGCUGGACGAGCUGAACCACGUGUUUGAGCGGCUCCAGAGCAGUGCCGUGGACCCACAGAUGGUGGGCGGCGAGCCCGACAAGACACUGUUUGACUUUGUGGAUGCAGAAACGGUCCAGUCAUUGCAACAAGAGGCUCUGGAGCAGGCGAAAGAGGUGGAAGAACUGCUGGCAGCUCAUCAACACGCAAUCGCGAGGAUCACUGCGAUUUACCGAUUCUUCCGGACGUUUGAUGAAACGCACGGACGCGACAUGGACGCGCUGAUUGGAGAGCAGCGAGACGUUGCCAGGAUCCCCAGCGAUGACGAGGCUGAAGCCGUCGAAAAGCUCUACGAUGCAGCAGUCAGCUUCUUCGUCGACAUGGAGCAGUGCGACCGGUUCUUGCUGCAGCACUUCACCACGAUCAACGACGUCUAUCCACACUACGAGGUCAUUUUUGCCGAAGCACAGCUCCUUUUCGACGAGUUGCGCAGCCUCCGAGAUUUCUAUCGUCAGUUUCUGGCAUCGUACCAGUCUGUCAAUGCUGAACUGCUUCGACGGAAGCAGUACGAAUCGAGAGUAUCUCAACUGAUUGAAGAUACAACAACAAAGCUCGCGGCUCUAGCACAACACGAGGACGCCAUGCGCAAUCUGUUUCGCGAGGAGCACGCGCGUUUCUUGCCAUCUACACUAUGCCCUCAAAUCCAGAACGCGCCUAGCACAUACGUCAUUCUUCGGACAGACGACAAGACCACGGCAAGUGAGAAGGCACAAUGA